AAAUCACCGGACAAAAUGCCAUCCCUGAUUACUGCAGGUUUCCACUGCCUAUUUCUACUGGUCACAGCAUGUCGCCAGACAUCACAGGACUCAAACUUUGAUCCAUUCAUCCAAUAUGUAAUUGACAGUGCGCUAGGAGAGGAAAGCUUUCAGUCAGAGAUGCAAAGGCAGAAGCGAAACAUGCUUACUUUUGACCUCCCCCCUCUGGAGUACACAGUUGACAUAGAAGUAAGCCUUACGGAUUCAUCUUUUCUGGAGCCAAUCAAAGAGUAUUUAAAAAACCUCACUCUUCCAGUUUCAACAAAUAUUUCAAAUGUAGAAAUGACAGUUUCAGAGAUCAACGUUACAACAGUCUGUCUGCCCAGUGGUGAGAACAAUAGCUGUUGUUCUUGUGAAAAUGGAUAUGCCUGGCCAAGUGCAGUGUGCAGUGACUUGAUAACCUGCCCUUCUGUCAGCUUAGCACCCGACCUGCCCUGUGGCUACAUGAAGGAAAUGCCUUUCUACGGGCCUUACUGUGAGCCUCAGACUGAAGACUCAUGUGGUAUGGGAGAGCUCAUGGUAAUGAAUAUGUCAGUCAGACUCGACAUAGACUUUCAUGAUCAUCUCAGGAAUUCCUCUUCUGAAUCAUACAAAAAAUACAAAGCUGACCUUGAAAAAGCGUUUAAUGCUAGCUACAGAUGUUUACCAGGCUUUGUAUCGGCAACAGUAACUGGUUUCAGGCCUGGAAGUGUUUUUGUGAACUAUGAAGUAAAAGCAGGAGCAGCAAGCUUUGAUCAGAUAGCAAAUGCCAACAAAAUUGUACCACAAUUUCUAGAUGCAUCAUACCAGCUAAACCAAGCUACCUUCACAACAGAAAUAACUAACCAGACAAACUUCACUGUGAGUCCUGUAGACAUUUUUGAAGGGGAUACAGUAAGACUGAUUUGUGAGAUAAAUUCAACAUCUGACAAUAUAACCUGGUAUCACUUCGAUCAGAUCAUCUCAACCAGCUUCUGGUAUUCGAUGGAGACAAAAGUUUCAAAGAGAACCUCAAGGUCGAUUCUUGAAAUUAUCAACAUUACGACGCAGGAUUCUGGUUCCUAUAGGUGCACUUUCACAAACAGCAAUCAGUUUCACACACUGAUAUACAAGGCCACGAAAACAAUAGCAGUUUCUCCGCUAUACAUCACUCCAAACUUAAACGACAUCGAUGUUACAUGCAACAGUCCUGAAAUGCAGACAAACAGUCCUCUGCUGUCCUGUUGUAUUGACAGACACUUAGCAUCACUUACUGGUGACUGGAAAGUAAAUGGAGCAAUCAAUAUUACAGGAGACUCCAGUUUCAGUGAAAACUGCACUGAAUACAAGCUCAACAUCAAUGAAUCACUGUGCCCACCUGAGAAGUCAGGCACAGUGACAACAUAUACGUGUGAGCUGCAGACUGGACACGGUGCCAGGUGCAGUCAAAACAUCAGAGUGACAUACCUCCGGACAGCCCAUGUAACAAUAUCUUCAAGCAUAAACUCAUCAGUUUCCGAGGGAUAUGCAUUCAAUCUAACGUGUGAAAGCGAUGUGAGCAAUUAUGACAGUAUCAGUUGGAAAAUCCAGUCUGGAAAUAACACAAAAACAGUAGACUGUGAUAAGUGCAUCCAAAAUAGCAGAUUUCCAGCCACAUCUGUGCUCACAGUGAAGAGUGCCACGCAGGACUGGAGCGGCACCUAUAUUUGCACAUUCUCCCAGAAGUACUUGGAGAGUUCUGCCAACGUGACAAUCGAGGUUAUUUCCUUGCCUCUGAAGCAGAACAUCCUGAUUGACCCCAUUGCAGUAUCCAUACCGUGUACAGCGCAACAAGCCCUUGAGUGCUGCAUUAGUGCUAACACCAUGGAAGAUUACACUGUUACAUUUGUGGUUCAACAAAAUGAAUUUCAACCUGGGAAAAAUAAAAACGAAAAAUUGUUUUGCUACACGUACAAUUACACAGAAACAGAAUGCAGCGAAGGGAAAGAGCUCACAGCAUAUUGCAAGUUUAUUAACCGCGUUGGACAGGAAGUCAACAGUGAAAGUAUAAGACUGCACCUGAUACAUGGUGAGGAAGUUUCCUGCUCAGACAGCCUUGGCAUUGGAACAGAAGGGGCCACAUUAAUAAAGCCAUGCUGUGCGUCAAAUAAUCCAGAUGGUUGUACCCGAGGCAAUAAAACUUACAAGUGCUCCAACAAAUCAUGGAAGCUUGAAAGGAAUGACUGCCUGUUUUUACCAAUAAGCAACCUGCUGACUAGUGCUGAGUCUUUGGUCAACAGUCCUGAUGCAAGAGCAAAUCUACCUAACUACCUUGCAGAGCUUAAGGAAAACAUAGGAAAGGAGCAAAACACAAUAAACACUUCUCCUGCAAACCUAGGCGCAAUUGUUACCAUCCUGGAUAUGGUCUCCUCUAUCCCAGCAGAUGCAGACGAGCUCAUUAUUCAAAAUUUCCUCUCCACAGUGGACUUUAUUGUUGCUGAUUCCACAACUGAAGCUUGGGAAGACCUGAAUAAAGAGGAGACACGCAAAAGUUCUUUGUUACUGCGUUCAGUAGAAAACUUUUCCCUGCACCUCCAACCAGUUAACAAUACCAUUCCUCCUGUCUCCACAAACACCAUUCAGCUACAAGGUAUAGUUGUCACAGAAUAUAGCAACACAGAUUAUUACAAGAACUUCUGCAGUACAGAAAACCUCACAGUUAACGUGCUCAUUGGUGAAACUGAAAUUCAGACUCUAACCCAAAAUUCAACCAUUGUCAGUGUGAUGUACUCAAAACUUGGACGUAUUUUGCCCCGGAAUGAGUCCGAGUAUGUUAACGGCUUACUGAUAACAACAACUGUGAGCAGCAACAAAAGCCAGAAGUUUGAUGUUAAUAUGACCUUUGCAAAGAAAAACUUGUCUCUAAAGAUGCCCCGGUGUGUCUUUUGGAACUUCACACUCGACAAACAUAGGGGGGGCUGGGAUACUUAUGGUUGCACACCCACAGAGGCAGAAGAUAAGGUCAUUUGCUCCUGCAAUCACUUGACAUCAUUCUCCAUUCUGAUGUCACCUGAUAAAUCCUCCCAGGUAAUCUUUGAAGAUUAUAUUACCUACAUUGGCCUCUCCAUUUCAAUCUUGAGUUUGGUGGCCUGCAUUAUAAUUGAAUCCUUAGUCUGGAAAUAUGUGACAAACAACACAACCUCCUAUAUGCGCCACGUCUGUAUACUCAACAUAGCUACAUCACUCCUGAUUGCUGACAUUUGGUUCAUUGUCACUGCCUCCAUCAAUGACCAAAAACAACAGAUGAGCAGAGGUAUCUGUUUCGUGGCCACCUUCUUCAUCCAUCUAUUCUACCUGUGUGUCUUUUUCUGGAUGCUCAGCCUGGGCCUCAUUCUUUUCUACAGACUGGUCUUCAUCUUACAUAACACAAGCAAGACCACUCAGAAAGCAGUGGCAUUCUGUCUGGGAUAUGGGUGCCCCUUUGUCAUUGCAGUCACCACCAUUGCUGUCACACUGCCAAGGAACAAUUACACCAGAAAGGAUGUCUGCUGGCUCAACUGGAAGGACAGCAAAGCUCUCUUGGCCUUUGUCAUACCUGCCCUGAUCAUUGUGGCCAUGAAUUUGUUCAUCACUGCAGUUGUUAUAAUAAAAAUACUGAGGCCUACUAUUGGGGAUAGGUCAAACAGGCAGGAGAGGAACUCUUUGUUUCAAAUUGGCAAAAGUGUGGCCAUCUUGACACCACUGUUAGGCCUCACCUGGGGAUUUGGCCUUGCCACCGUCAUCAAAAACAGUCAUCGAGCUUUCCACAUCCUCUUUGCUCUGCUCAAUGCUUUGCAGGGAUUAUUCAUUUUGGUGUUUGGGACUCUCUGGGACAAGAAGAUACAAGAAGCCCUCCUGAAGAGGAAUUCAAUGUCCAAAUGGAGUUCACAGCAAACAAAGUCAACCUCCUUGAUCCUGGUGACGCCAAUGCUUGCUAUGAGCUAUCCAUUUUCAAGAACCUUUAACAACUUGUGUGGGAAAACAGGAAAAUACAGAGUGUCUUCUUCAGAGCCAUCCAGCUCUUCCUCUGAAAACACUUCCAAGUCAUAUUCUUUGCUUAACUGAGGCACUGCAAAUGCUAAAUCAUGUAACUCUGAAAGGACCUCUGCCUUUUCCAAGACACACACAAAAAGCACCCGUGAGUCAUCAAGAAGUGGACUGCUUCACUUUGACUAAACUGUGCCUUUGUGUAUUCUUCUGGAAUAAUCAUUUCUGAUUAACGUGUAAGGCAGGGAAGGUGAGAGGUGGAAUUUUACAGGGGCUGCCAAUCCUGGAAGAGACGACAAGAUGUUUCAAACUUGGGAGGAUUUGAAGGCCUUCAAGUGCAGGAAAAGACAUUGGGAGUGAAGAAUUCUCAGCCUUUAAGAGGGUGCUUAGCACUAUGCAGUACUGAGCCAUGAAUUGCAGUGCUAUACACAGCUAUUGUCCAGUGGCUUUAGUAUUUCCCCUAUCAACUCUCUGAAUGAUUCCAAAGGCCUGUGUAGAUACACAAGUACCUCAUAGCUUCUCUCCUGCCCUGGUAUUAGAGUCUGGAAAGGCCAUAGGGUAUAGUGCUCUCUCAACUUUCUAUUUAAGACUUUCUGGAACCAAAGAUUCACAACUGAGAAGGUCCACUUCAGAUCUUCACUUUUGACCUAGAUAAAAUGAAGACUGUGAUGAUUCCUGCGUGGUCUUCUUUCAGAUGGAAUGUACUGAAAGCUCCAUGUGGCACUUUUUUGAAGAAAAGGAAGCUUUAUAUCCUUAAUUAUAAUUGUCCUUCCCUUGAUAUGUAAUGUGGUAAGACAGAGAUGGUUACUACCCUCUACCACAGAGGGCAUUGCAUUUAUUUAAUGCAUAGUAAUGUUAAGUAUGUAAGGAGUCUCUUGUGUAAAGUCUGUACGUUUGGGUCUCCUCUCAGAGGAGAAUCACACUUGGAGGGCUCAGAGGGUCAACUCUUCAGUGAAGAUAAACUACCACGUGCCAGGCAGGAUGAAAGGUUUUGUAUAAAUUAUUGCUCUCAUACUACAUUUGUGGAAUCAGUUAUUUCGAAGCCUGUAUACCUUUAAAGGCAGGACUCCUGUCUUAAGCAGAGGGCUAUGAGAGAGCCUGCAAAGUAUUUUAGCGCACACAAAUGUUGCAAAACUUCAUGUAAAAUAUGAUAGGUGGAAUCAUGAAGAUUUAUAUUUGAGACCAAUUUCAAAUACUGCUGUCAGGUGGUACAGACACAUUCAUUUAUUGGGGAAUCAGGCCUAUGUUUACCAGUGGUGAAUCUGUUCCCAGGACUUUGAGAUGAACCGGGAUGAGAAACUGUUGCCUACAGUUACAGGCAUGUGUGAUGGUUUGGUAUAGGCAGGUGGUGAUGACUGAAGACAAUAAACAAGCACCAAUCAAAUGUAUUACUUA